UAUAUAUAUAUCUAUAUAUUUUUCCAUAAUAGAAUGUCGACCCUUCAACAAGAAAAAGUAACUCAAGUCAAUGAACUUUUUGAUACUGUUCUUAUUUUGGACUUUGGUUCUCAAUAUUCUCAUUUGAUCACUCGCCGCGUCCGAGAAUUAGGAGUUUAUUGUGAACUUUUACCUUGUACUCAAAAGAUGGCUGAUCUUCAUUUCAAACCCAAGGCUAUUAUUUUAUCUGGUUCUCCUUAUUCUGUUUAUGAUAAAGAUGCUCCUCGUGUUGAUCCUGAUGUAUUUGAUACUGGUGUCCCUAUUCUCGGUAUUUGUUACGGUCUUCAAGAAAUGACUACUUUUAUGGGUGGUAAGGUCGAUGCUUGUGAACACCGUGAAUAUGGUCAUGCUGUCUUAUCUGUGAAGAAACAUCCUCAUCUUCCCUUUGUUGAUAAACUCUUUGCUGGUUUGGAUGGUGAUAAUGUUCAAGUAUGGAUGAGCCAUGGUGAUCAAGUCUCUGCUGCUGCUCCUGGUUUCACUACUAUUGCUGAAACUCGUACUGCUCCUUUUGCUGCUGUUGCUCAUGAAGAAAAACCUUUCUUUGGUAUUCAAUUCCAUCCUGAAGUGACUCAUACUGUGGAUGGUCAAAAAUUGUUACACAACUUUGUGAUUGAUAUCUGUCAAUGUGAAGCUUCUUGGACUAUGGAAUCAUUUGUUGAUAAAGAAAUUGAACGUAUUCGCAAUGUGGUUGGACCUAUUGAUCAUGUCAUUGGUGCUGUUUCUGGUGGUGUUGAUUCUACUGUUGCUGCUCGUCUUAUGCAUGAAGCCAUUGGUACUCGUUUCCAUGCUGUACUUGUAGAUAAUGGUGUGAUGCGUUUGAAUGAAUGUGCUAAUGUUAAGAAAAUGUUGGGUGAUAAGAUGGGUAUUAAUAUUAAGGUGGCCGAUGCCUCUGAUCUCUUUUUGGGUCGAUUGAAGGGUGUGACUGAUCCUGAACAAAAACGCAAGAUUAUUGGUAAUACUUUUAUCCAUGUGUUUGAAGAUGAAGCUGCAUUGAUUGAAAAGGAAUUGGAACAACAACAAUCUGAAGGCAAAAUCAAGUAUUUGUUACAAGGUACCUUAUAUCCUGAUGUGAUUGAAUCCAUUUCAUUCAAGGGUCCCAGUGCUACUAUUAAGACUCAUCACAAUGUGGGUGGUCUUUUGGAAGAUAUGAAACUCAAGUUGAUUGAACCUUUACGUGAAUUAUUCAAGGACGAAGUACGUGCUCUUGGUAAGAUUUUAGGCUUGGAUGAUGAAUUGGUUUGGCGCCAUCCUUUCCCUGGACCUGGUAUUGCUAUUCGUGUACUCGGUGAAGUGACUAAAGAACAAGUUGAAAUCGCUCGUUUGGCCGAUAAUAUUUAUAUCGAAGAAAUCAAGAAGAAUGGAUACUAUCGUAACAUUUCUCAAGCUUAUGCUGCUUUGUUACCUAUCAAGGCUGUGGGUGUUAUGGGUGAUAAGCGUACCUAUGAACAAGUCAUUGCUUUACGUGCUGUAGAAACUAAGGACUUUAUGACCGCCGAUAUCUUUGCCUCUGCCGAAUGGUUUGUUUGUUUGAAACGUAUCAGUUCUCGUAUCAUCAAUGAAGUCAAGGGUGUCAACCGUGUUGUUUAUGAUAUCAGCUCCAAACCUCCUGCUACCAUUGAAUGGGAAUAGAUUAAUUUAUUAUAUUUUCAUCAUACUCUACUUAUAUAUAUAUUAUUCUCUCUCUCUUUUUUUUUUUUUUUGUCAUUAUUAGUAUUAGUCAUCAC